AUGGCAACCGCAAUCCCCUUCACGCUCGAUCUCCCCACCAUCCUGUCCCUUACCGCCGUCCUCUCACUCCUCCCCCUCUCCCUCAUCCUCGCCAUCCUCCUCGUCCCGUCCAACCACCUCAAAUACCGCGCCCUCUUCUUCUGGCACGCGUACGACGCGCUCACGCACUUUUUCGUCGAAGGCUCCUUCCUCUACCACUGCUUCUUCACCUACACAACCCCCACAUACGCCGUCGCGCGCGCCAAACCAUACUUUUUGAAUCGCGGCGACCGACUCUACGGCGCGGCUUACGGCACGGGGCCCACGGCGCGGCUGUGGCAGGAAUACGGCAAGGCGGACGCGCGAUGGCUGGGCGCGGACCUAGGGCGUGAUUUCGCUAGAGCUACGAGCGGCGCGGCGACGGCGACGGCGACGGCACAGAAGAAGGCAGCGAUGUAUAAGGGAAGAUUGUGGUUUGUGGCUAUUGGGUUGGCGGUUGCGGAGUUGUACGGGGGGUUUAUGACUUUUGCGCCGGAGUGGCUGUCGGGAAAUAUGGCGCUGGAGACGGGGGAUCCGGUUUAUUUCUGGCUUUACCUGGUGUUUUUUAAUAUGCUAUGGGUGUUUGUGCCGAUUUGGGUGUUGUGGGUGGGUUGGACAGAGGUUCGCGUGGCAUUUGUGGCGGCGGCGGAUGGUGUGACGGGGAAGAAAAGGCAGUGA